AUGAACCCAGGCGACGGCAUCGAACCCAUCGAAAUCAGGAAGAUGCGAAACGACUUCGUCAGAUGCAUCAUCAAAGAUGAGGAGUACAAAAAAAAAGACGAGAAAAAAAAAGAAAUCGUUAAGUAUUGUAAAAGCUACAAAGAUUUUUGCAACAUCGUAAGUUCAGUAAAUAUGAAACCAGUUAGGACAUACGAGCAGAAGGUAUCCUAUGAUGAUUAUGUCAGUUUGAAGAUUUCCUCCUCACAGUCUCAAAUGGAAGCUAUUAAAAGGAGAAACAGACGGAGCCAAAAUUUUCAGCUCACGAAUUUAUUUCAGAUUAAUAACCACGUGGAACUACCCUCUCCGCAAGAGGUCGAAGAGAGGAAAUCUGAACAGGAGAUCCAGCAAUUUUUACGCAUGCUCUGGGACAACCAAAAGGAUUACGCCAAUUUUAUAAAACGCAACUACACCUCCGAUGAACUGGCACACGUGCUUAGCCUUAUAAGAAGAAAAUGGGACGACCUGUUUGAGCCCACUAGUGUAGAAGACCCCGUGAUGGAAACGGCCCAGCAGAAAUUUCUCAACUUGGCUAACUUCCUCAUUCAUUGGGUGAACCAUUGGGAAAAGCAGAACCUCUCCGCUUACUUCACGCAGGACGAGUUGAACGAUAUAAACUUAAACCUCCAGGAUGUGAUUGGUAAGAUUGAAAAAACGGCUUCUAUGUAUGAUGAG